GAGAGUAAGUACCCAUUUGUAGCGGAUAUAGCGGAAUAUUGUUCUAUUGCAGACAUCUGUUCAGACGAGUUAGCUCAGAUGAGUUACAACGAGGACGAUUACAAGAACACACACUUCAAGGAUGUGUUGGGAAAUAUCAAUAGACAGAGGUAUCACUUCAAUUUAAGACAACAACUAUCACGUAGCCUGCGUGUUAGUGAGGAGAUGUUUGAGCUAGCUACCUCCUUUAACAUACCUGCUCUUUAUAUCCGACUACUGUGCGAGAGGGAGCAUAAAAACAUGAUCAUACUUCAGUCCAUGGUACAGGGCUUCUCAGAAGAAGUAAGCUCGAUAGCGGCCGUGUCCCGGGCCACUAAGAUAUCCCAGUACCGGGACGAGCUGGCCCAGCUGGGGCACUGCAGCAAGCACAGCUUUAAGAGGAGCGAGUGUAAAGCACAGAGCGAGUACAAGUGGGCCCCAGUCAACCUACACGCACAAGUACUGGAGGUUAGCACUGUGGACCAGAAAACUAACAUUUCUUGUAGCAGAGAUCACUAUUGUCUUCUCACUGUGGGGGCGUGGUGCGGACAUUGGGACAAGUUCAAGAACGGGGGUCUUUUAUCUUUACUGGGUAAAAGUAAAGAUGGUGAUAAGUUCUCCGAAAGGAGGGAAAAGUACCGUGUUUUAAAGAAAGUAGAGGCCCUGAUGAACUCGCACACUUUAUCAGAUGACGCUAUUGAAGCUAGUGUUGACUCCGACAAACUACUUGUCAAAGAUAUUGUAAGUGAUCUGAUAUUGUUAUCUAAAGAAAAAGUAACGAGAACAGCACUUGAGGGAUUACAGCGAACUUUAGACUCGGAUAAACAGCUGGAAAUUAUGACGUUAUCGGCAGAUCUGGAGAAGAUUGUUGCAAAUAUAAAAGUAACUUCUAAAGAAACGUUAUCAGAAGUGUGCAGGAGUUACUGUGUUCACGUACAACGGGCUCUUGUGUGGUCCAUAACUCAGGUAGAGCUGGAUAACAGGGAACACUUCCUAAACUUGCUGAACAGAUUUGAAGCGUGUUUCAGUCAGCUGCUCUCUGCUGUAGUUUCUGGCUUCAUUGUGUCCCUCUGCUUUAGGACACGGAACUUAAUAUUUCAGCUGCAGCUAAGUGACCUGGUUAUCCCAGUUAUGUUUGAAAGUCUGCUCAGUACGCACGGUGACGAGUCUGGAAUGUUGGAAGACAUGCAGUUUGUAAUCAAACAUAUCUCUGAUAUUACAGUCCAGCUAGAAAGAAGUACAGAUUCAGAUCAAGUGAGCGUGUCUAGUAUAACGGGUACACAGUUCGCUGUGGUAGUCACCAUAUCAGUUCCCAGCGCGGUACUGGAACAAUUACCAGCCUCCGUACAGCAAGGAGGCUCUAUCACUUUCUUCCCCCUCUUCUUUAACCAUGGAAUUAACGAGCAACAAACCAUCGCCUACAAAAUUAACGAGACAGGACAGCAAGACAAGAUAUGCGAACAGUUUCUGGAGGACUUACAGUUUUACAUUGAUAAACACAUCACUCCCAACAUCUGUGUAUUUGAUUUUAAGGUUGAGAAUGGUCUGACGAGUAAUGUUGAGAAACUGAAGUAUCUUUUCAAAGCUACUAAGCGGGGAAAGUGCUCCGACUUCAUCGUCCUCGCAGAGCAGAUAGGGCGGGAUAUAGGAUGUGUGCGGUUCACAUCGUGCAAGAGUGCUAAAGACCGGACUAGUAUGAGUAUAACAUACGAGUAUUGCAACAUACUGUGCCAACAGCACGACUUCCACAAGGAAGAUAUCCCCCCUGUGUUGGAGCAAUUCAGAAGGGACGGUACGCGAUAUCACAACACAUUUAAGAAUAUAGGAUCCUACAAGUACUGCUUCAAUAAACUGCAGUGUAAAAUGUUACCUCCUAUUUACAAGCCUCCCCCUGGAACAUUCGGUGACGGAGCUCAGCAAACGUGACAUGUUGUCAUGGCAAUGCGAUCUUUAUACUUUUAUAGUUGUCAUGACUUUGGUUUAUUUCUCUAAAUAAGGCCAGUAUACCUUUGAAUCUUUUCUAUAAAAAUGUAAUUAUGCAUUAUCCGGCGUUAUCGAAUAUGUCAUGUUGGGAUAAUCAAUGUAGCUUAUAUAUUUAAUUUUUGUCAAUCUUUCCUAGAAUAAUUUGCGCACUUUUAUUCAAUAUUGUCUAGUAUAAUUCUUAUCUUCUAGCUUUCUAGUAUUGAGUAUAAUUCUUAUCUUUGAGUAUAUCUCUUGGUCAUUGUCUUAAAGUAAACGAUAUUUCGAGCUUGGGAGCUCCGUUUCUUCACAGUAAGUAAAGUUAAACUGUUCAGUUUACUACAAUAAGUGUAACCAUGGUAACACUUAUUGUAGUAAACUUUUCUAUAAUUACAGUAAACUGCAGUUUACUGUCACUAUAAAAUUGAAUCUGUUUACUCAGUUUCAACAUUUAAAAUAUUGAUUUGCUGUCUUGUUGAUGACGUAGCAAGGGGGAAAUUGCUGAAUAUUUAGGAUUUAUUUUUAGUUGAGCGAACUUUCGAAAUUUUUACAAAUUUAUUUCUGUAUUUUUACAAAUGAUUAAUAUUAUCUUAAACAGUUUUA